GGUUGGUUUGUCGAUUGGAGAAUAGAUUAGAUAGGAUGUAGAGAAGGGGUUGUCAUGGUACAUGACACAAUGUGAAUCGAUUACUUGGUGGUGCUAACCAUAUCAAGCUUGUGACCCAACACUAUACCAACCAAUGCACCGCUGUGGAUUUUUUGGAUAAUCUAUGAUGCAAAUCUCUAGUCAGCCUCCGAGUCAGCCAACUGCUCUUUCGGCUCAGGUCAAAAUCACAUUUUUACCAUGCCCAACCGCUGUGAAGCGUAUUUCUACAACCGCCCUCGCCUGUCAUUCAUUCAUCUUUCACGAUAAUGCCUUCGAAUGCUUAUUGUCCACCUGGCGGUCUUAUCAACCACCAUCCCAUUCACAAUCAGCUUUGCAUCUCGCUGUCUGACCCGACUCCUGUGACAACAAAGCUCUUAAACUUACGCCAGGUGGCCCACCAACGCAAGCAGGAGGAAGCUGUGAACUCGAAAUACCAACCUAGUAUGAAUGCGAUGCGGUUCCUCACAAAGAUCAGAUCAUUCUGCACUAUUUCGUUUGGAACGCACGGAUCCCUCUCUGCGAACAGUUCAUCGCCAGCUUGUAUUUCCCUGUACGACUCAACUCUUGGAACAACUGAGGUCUUUACCUUACCCCAGGUGGCACGCCAACGCAAGCAGGAGGAAGCCAUCAACUCGAACCACCGACCUGGCGUGACUCCGAUGCGAUACCUCACAAAGAUCUGCACAAGUGCGUUCGGGAAGCUUGGAUCCCUCUCUACGAACUGUGACCAACCAUCGUACAACUUUCUGUCUGAUGCCUUGGAGACUAUCAUAACCAUCCACUCUUUUAGUUCGUUGGCAACGACAGAUGCGGACGACACCUUCGUCACCGCGGAUGACUUCAUCCACGUCUCCAAUCUCUCACCCUUAGCAAGUGAAGUUGUCAGAGAAGAACUCUACAUCCGCGGUUAUCUCAAACGACCUAAGCAGGGCAAUCAUUUUUUCCGCCAUCCGCGGUGUAUUGUUGUUCCACGGCUACUCCAGGUGCUCCAUGACCGUUGGCCGAAGCGAGUUGCAGCUGUUCCCGUAUCUUCCAAGAACCCUCAACACCCGUCUCCACGGGCUAUUGGCCGGCGUGGGGGACUCACAAUUGCAGAGGCGCUCAAGUCUACCGAUAUUGAGAAGAAUCCUCAUACACCCACUCCGACGAGAUCGUCUUCUAGUGACCAGUCAAUCUACUGGUCUUGCCGGUCACCACAGACGGCCAUUGAUUCAUCUUCAUCUCCCUUUGUCCAAGAAAGUCCUACGUCGAUUACCCAGUUUUGCGAUUUCUGUGAAUACUCGUACAUCACAUCGCAUACUACACCUCCCUCGUCACCGGAGCUCGCGGGCCUCAAUGAGAACGAGAAGGACGUUCUGGGUAUGAUGAACUCCUUCUCUGAAGCAGCUCUGUGGUCCUUGGCGCCCCGAGUUGCGUUGAUGGAGGCUAAGUGUUCGCGUAUGGAGGUGGAUGCGAGAAGUUUUCAAAGGUUGCGGUACGGGGAAGUUUCUGACCACCAUCUUGCCUGAUUUUUGUCGCUUUUUGGCUCAUCAGAGCUCUGAUAAUUUUUGUUCGUUCUUUAUAUCUUCUCUGGUUUCAUGAUACGGACUCUAUGUCCUCAUGCCGUGACUUGGAAAUAACGCUUGGCACUUGGCUUCUACUCUGGCGCUAUUGAGCCUAGCACCGCACCGCUUCUCGCUUGGCACUCACCCGUGGAGAAAGGUCGACGGCUUGGCAGGCAACCCGUCACAGCACUUGAAUAGACCGUUUGUAGUUGGUGCCUGCAUCUGCGCCACGCGGGGUGUCCUCUUGGAUGCAUUCCUCCCUCACAUCGAGCCCCUCCAAUAUACUACCGUUGGCGCCGGCGUUUGCGGCACAGGUGAUCUACACACCAUUACCACAUCCAUCGUGCAUUCUCUCAGAGCCGCUCUUGGCUGGCCAAUGUAGAGUAGA